GCGAAAUUUAUUUGUGGGUAUGUACCAUUCCAUUAAAUUUUUAAAUUAUUAAAUUAGUGAACCAUGGAGGACCCUCGCUACGGAGACCCAGUAGAUUCCGAUGAGGAGUUAACGGGCGACGAAGAGGCAGAUGCGUUGUUGGAUCUUCAGAAGGAAUUUGAAUUGAAAGCCCAACAAAUCAAAGAGCAGUAUGAAGCCAGACGCAGAAGUGAUAAGAAGAAUGCAAAAUUAUUUAAUGAUACUCCACCUCCACCACCUCCAUCUGCUCCACCAGUACGGAAAGUGGAAGUUGGUGUAACACCACCAGGGACUCCUAAGAAACCUGCCAGAGUUACCAAACAAUUGUCAAUGACAAAUCAUAAAGAUUAUGAAGUUGAAAUAGCGAAAAGACCAGUAGUACAAGCAUCUAAGUUUGCUGAAAAACUUACCGAUAUGAACUAUCAAUUACGAGCUCGAGAUGCUAUGAAAGUAGAUUAUUCCGAACGGAAAUUCUCAUAUGAUGACUAUGCAGCUAUAGAUAGAGUCGAUUUAAAUGUUAAUGAAAAGGAUGAAGUGUCAGGAUAUAAAUUAAGAAAACGUUAUAUAACUUUUGAAACUUUAAAGCGUACAAUAAAGAAAACUGAUCCUCAAAUUAAAUUCCUUAAGGGACCUAAAUUAUUUGCUAAAGUAAAUCCUGAGAAUAAAUAUGCUGAACCUAGUUAUAAUAAUUGGUGUUUUAUGGGAAUAGUAUUAAAUAAAUCAGAUACAUUAAUUACUAAACCAUCAGAAACUAAUCUUAAAAAGAAAGGAUCUAAAUAUAUUCGAUUAUCAGUAGGAGAUUAUCGACAAUUUGUUGAUGUAUAUUUAUUUGGGAAAUCAUUUGAAGAAUAUUGGAAGUUAAGAGAAGGUAGUUUAGUAUAUAUUUUAAAUCCUCAAAUAACUCGAGCUGAGAAUUCAAGACUUGGAUUUAUGUUAAAAUUAGAUGAUACUUCAAUAGCCAGUAUUUUAGAAGUAGGCCAUGUUCAAGAUUUUGGUCAUUGUAAAGCUUUAGGAUGUAAAACAGCCAUUGAUACCAGUAAAGAUGAAUUAUGUGAUUAUCAUCGUGAUGCUCAAGAUAGUUCUAAAUUUAAAAAGAGUCUGAGUCGUAGAAUGGAAUUAAAUGGAACUGCACAAAUGAGAUCUCCUCAAAAGGUUAAACAAACCUUUUAUAUGGGUCAGAAUACAAGUUUUAUUGUGGAUUCAAAUCCAUUAUAUAAAACAGAAGUUGGUAAACUUGAUAAGUCUAAAUAUUAUGAUCCAAAGAUAUUGGAAUUAAAGAAUAAAAAGAGAAAAUUUGAAGAUGAUAAAGCUAAUAAAGUAUUAGAAAAGAAACUAUUAAAAUUAGGAGGAGGUAGUUCUCAACUUUCCGAUUUAAAUUUAUUCAAAAAGACCAAUAAACAAGUUGAAGAAGCUAAUCGAACCAUUAAAGAGAAACAAAAAGAAUUGGCAUUUUCUCAUACAAUGAUUCAUGAUAUUGGAUAUGAUCCAACCUUUUCUGAAUCAUCAUUAUUAAAGAGUCCUACAAGAAGGAAACAAGAGAUUAAUCGUUUACAAGAAUUAAAGAAGAUUAGUUUAAGUAUGUCGAAGGAAAGAAGUCUUGAAAUUUCUGCUGAAGAUAAACGAGCUAAAUUUGAGAAAUGGAAGAAGAAUAUGAAGGAAUUGAAUGAUUAUAAACUGAAUAAGAAUAAUAAAUUCGAACCACCAAAGAAACCAAACAAGAAUUCCUUUAUAUUAUCCCCUAAGAGACAUAAGAAUAAUCGAAUUAAACUUGAUGAUGAAGAUGAAGAUUCUAAUGAUAGUGAUGAUGAUAUUGAUAUAGACUUCAGUGAUGAUAAGGCUAAACAAGCUUACGAAAGAAUCAAAGGUAAAUAAAUAGAGAUAUAGAAAUAUUUAUGAAAUAUUAUGAAAUGACUUUGUAUUUUCAAUAAU